GAAUUGGACUAUGUGUCAGUGAGAGAGAAAAGGAGCUUGAUUGUGUGUGUGUGUGUCAGAAAGAGAGUAGGCACUUGAUUGCGUAUGUCAGAGAGAGAGAGAAGGAACUGGAAUGUGUGUGUGUGUGUGUGUGUGUGUCAGAGAGGGACUUUUAAAGGAACGCUGGGUAGCAGCCUUGUCUUCCACUCAGGAAUCUCAUGGGGAUUCAGAGUUAUUUUUGCUCCAUCAGAGGUUCUCCCUUCUUCACUCGCCUCAGCGGAACAAGCACCUCAUGCCAGCCUCUUCUCUUCUGGAACAGUCUCUCUCCUCAGCAUCAGACAGACACAGCUCUUCCUGGCACUGGGUGUGCUUAGCCCAGCCACGGCAGUGCUCCUACCUUUUAAUAGCACAGUCUCUGUUAAUCUCUCCUGCUCAUGCGGAGGUACUAGAGUGUGGCUUUAGUGCGGUGCCAGAAGCCCUGACACAGGCUCUGGUAGAAAGACGCCAUAUGUGAAGUAGCCGAAGAACCUGAUGAACAGGCUCCUGUCCUCUACUGAGCAUGCUACGAAAAGCACCAUGCUGUUCCUGGACGCCCGCAGGACAGUGCAAAACCUACCUUUGACCUCAGUGGUCACAACCCUGGAGGAACUCUCUGCCCAGAGGUCCAGUCACCUGGACAGAGAGGCCAAUGUGUGUGACAGACAGGAUGGCGUGUGUGAUGACACAGUGCUCAGGUCGAUGUCGAAUGGCCUGAGACAGAUGGACAGCAACGAGCAGCUUGACGUGCGGAGAGCUGGUGAGAUCCAUCCCACUAGGGGGAGGAGCCAAUGCGGUGAGGGGAGGAGCCAGAAUGAUUUCUCGGAGGCGGAGUCUAGCAUGGCGGAUGGCGGAGAGGAGUCUGUGGAGAGGUCGUCCUCUGUGGGUGUGAGCUGUGAGGACACGUGCAUGUUGGGGUUCACACAAGUGGAUGCCUGUGACAGCAUCGCACUCAUCGAUGAAGACGACGAUGAUGUUUCUCUUAGAGAGAGGACCGUCACUGAUGUCUCUGUUGUGGAGGGCAACGCCGCCGAGCUGGUGUGCGGCAGGGUCACGUCCAUCUCCCUGGCCUCUUCUCACUCCAUCUGUGAGAGGCGGGGCAAUAGCUUGGUGGCCACACCUUUGCCUGAGGAAGAGGAGGAGCCAUGCAAAAAGCCAAAACCCUUGUGUUGUUAUUGCACAGUCCUCUAAACACAUGCUGAUUCAGGACACAGCUGUUACCAUCCCACUUACAGUUACAGGGAUGAUGCUGCGGGAGGCAGCAGAGAGCAAUGAGACCAAUGGUCUGCACACACCGCUGAAGGCUACACGCAUGUGAUUCCAGUUUUUCUUCUUGGUGUUUACAUUUAUAGGGUUUUUAUGCUGCUCUAGUCCAGAGCAUGUGUUUAGUUGUCUCGAUGGCAGCAAUCCUUACGCUAGCAUAUCCAGGACAUAGUCUCAGUGUUUUCUCUGCUGUGUAACGAUUCCCCGACUAACAUGUUAGAGUCCAGUACACACCCUGACGCACUGGACAACCACUUACAAUAUUUUACCAUUUCAGUAUCCAGCAGAGUGACAGAACAUGUGAGAUCCUGUGCAAAAGCACUCUUAGCACUGAAUAAAGGUAAUCUAAAAGAGACUAUUAUUCACUAUUAUUCACAAUAUUUCCUAUGUUUAAAUGUGUUUAAUAAUGUCAGGUACAGUUUCCUGCUCUGUGGCUGUUUCGCAGUAAUUUCAGAAAUAAAAUCAUUGA